AUUUAUUCCCACCUUUAAUUUGGUUUUCUUCCUCCGAAUUCCUGUAGAGCACGAAUCUUCUCUACCUUUUUUUCGUCACUGUAGCCAUCAAUUUGCUCCCGAAAUUUCCCAUUUCUCGACGUCAUUGAUUUUUUAAUUUUUUUUCCUAAUAAUCGAAUUGGAGGCAUUGUUAUUCGACGUUUACUGGAAUUUCUCACUGUUAAAUCGAGGAUACAGUGAUUGCCGCCAUUGAUGGAGCUUAAUGCUGCUGCGAGUGAUUUGUGCGUUGAGAAGGGGAGGGUUUUUUAGUGCGCGACACUGAAAUACACAAAUUGGGGGAAAAGUAGUUGGUUGGAGGUUGGAGGAGGUCAUGAUUAAGUUGGGGCUGAAAUCGCGGUCGCGGAGGGUGGUGCAGGACACCACAGUGGCGGUGGAGAAUUCCAAAACUGGCGACGGCGGCGAGAACAGAGACGACGUGGAGGAGGAUGGCGAUUUGAGUUGCUGGGAGGCAUUGCCUUCAGAAUUAUUGAGGGACAUUUUGAUGAAAUUGGAGGAAUCCGAGUCGAAUUGGCCGUCGAGGAAGGAUGUCGUGGCUUGCGCAGGGGUGUGCAGGAGCUGGAGGGAUACGAUGAAGGAGCUCGUGAAGAUUCCAGAAGUUUCUGGGAAGAUUACUUUCCCUAUCUCUGUUAAGCAGCCUGGCCCAAGAGAAUCUCUUAUCCCUUGUUUUAUAAAACGGAACCGAUCUACUCAAACAUAUUAUCUUUAUGCAAGUUUAAGUCAAGCGCUAGCAAACGACGGAAAGUUCCUGCUUGCUGCUCAAAGGUUCAAGCGGACCACGUCCACAGACUACAUGAUUUCUCUACAAGCAAAUGAUAUGUCGAAGGGAAGUCCUGCUUACAUUGGAAAGUUAAGAUGCAAUUUACUCGGGAGGAGAUUUGUUGUCUACGACGCUCUUCCACCUCAUUGCGGAGUUAAAAUGUUAAAAAGUCGAUCCGCUGUCAUGGUAGGCUCAAAACAAGUCUCAUCUGCAGUUCCUGUCGGGAACUAUCCGGUUGCUCACAUCUCGUAUGAAUUGAAUGUUCUUGGAGCCAGAGGUCCGAGACGAAUGCACUGCGUUCUCGACGCUAUUCCAUCGUCCGCCGUUAAACCUGGUGGGGCUGCUCCGACACCCACUCAUUUCCCGAUCACCACCGUCGAUUCCUAUCCUUCAAUCCCGUUCCUCCGAUCGAAAUCGAACUACCUCAACAAAUCUCCCUCCAGAAAUUUGACCGACCAAGUCGACACUCCGCUCGUUCUGCAAAACAAGGCGCCACGAUGGCACGAGCAGCUCCAGUGCUGGUGUCUGAACUUCCAUGGCCGCGUCACGGCUGCAUCCGUGAAGAACUUCCAGCUAGUCGCCUCCCCCGAGAACGGUCUCUCCGUGCCCGAGCACGAUCGCGUCGUCCUUCAGUUCGGCAAGGUCGGGAAAGACGAAUUCACGAUGGACUACGGGUACCCUAUUUCAGCUUUCCAAGCUUUCGCCAUUUGUCUCAGCAGCUUCGACACCAAAAUCGCCUGCGAAUGAUAUAACAAGAGUUCUUGCGGAAUUUCCCAGACGGCAAUGGCGUUUUCACCCUGGGAUUCGAUCGUUUCGGUAAUUAUGUUCAGUUUCUUGAGUUCUUUCGUAUGUAUUUUCACAGAAUGUGUUUGGACAAUCUGUUUUCUGAAUGAAAGAAUUGUUC